AUGGCUACUCAAAUGGUUAGCCAAGCAGGUGGCAGUGGCUUGUUUGGCAACAAUGGCAAUUAUGGAAUUUCACUGGAUGGGGAUAUGUACGGGUUACAUGAUCUUUCUAAAGCUGAUAUGGCAGCCCCUCGGUUGAUUAUGCUGGCCAAUGUGGCUCUAACCGGGGAGGUUAAUGGCAACUGUUGUGACUACAUCAUGGAAGAAGAAAGGCAAAUGGCAGAGCUAACAACAGUUAAUGACAAUAGUUUCUCGGACAGUGAGGGGGAAAGGAUGGAAGAGUCCCACAAUGUGGACAAUGACUCCAGUGUAUUUCAAAUCAUGGAGGUGGAACCCCCUGAAAGCCAGAAAGAAACUGCAUGUGAUACUGAAUUAACUGUUCCAUCUAGUCCGGUAAAUACGGAUCCAGAAAAGGAUGCGGAAACUCCUGCUGUUACAGAAGACAAAAAUAAGUGCCUCAAAAGUAAACCUUUUAGGUGCAAACCUUGUCAGUACAGGGCAGAAAACGAGGAAGAGUUUGUUCUUCAUAUCAAGUCACACAGUGCAAAGCCUUUCAUUGAUAAUGAAUCUCCGAAAAACACAGAGACCAAGGAAUCCGAUUCUUCUAUACCAGAGGAAGCUGACUUCUCCAAAGGACCUAUACGAUGUGAUCGGUGUGGCUACAAUACCAACCGAUUUGAUCACUAUCUGGCUCAUUUGAAGCACCACAACAAAGUUGGUGAAAACGAGAGGGUGUACAAGUGCACUAUAUGCACCUAUACUACGGUCAGCGAGUACCACUGGAAGAAACACCUGCGUAAUCACUUUCCAAGGAUCGUCUAUACGUGCUCGCAAUGUUCAUAUUUUUCAGACCGCAAAAAUAAUUAUAUUCAGCAUAUAAGGACCCAUACAGGUAAGCAUAUUUUAUACCUGAAAUAAACAUGUGUUCAUGAAUAUGGAAUAUACACUGCAGUAUUUUUUUUUUUUUUUUACUCCAGGCUCACUGUCACUUACUCAGGGUUGUGGAAAUUGUGGGUGUGGAAAAAAAAAAUUCUACUUGUCCACAGGACUAAGGUGGUAACCCAAUCCACAUGUCCCUCAUGACAAGCUACUUGUCCUGAACCACAAAAUAAUUUUAAUUAGAAAUACUGAGGCCCCUACCUAGAGUGUCUCUCCCUCUGUGUUUACUCAUAGUGUGCUUGCAUUGUGUAGUGUUUGUGUGUGCACGCUGACUGUGUUUAGUAUGUUUGUGUGUGGUGUGCAAUGAGUGGGGGGUUUGUUGGCUGUGUGCAAGGGUGCUCUGUUUUACAUUUCUGUCUUGCGGGGUGGCUAUGACCCCUGGUGGUCCAGCAGGGGUUAAAAAAUUAAAGCAUGAGGGCUUUGUGAUGCAAAGCACAGUAAUUGCUACCUCGUGGUCUGGUGCUUAUUAGUGAGUGCAGGAUUUUGAGGAAGCGAUUACUGUGCUUUGCACCAGAUGAAGCUGCAAACCACAGGCUUCAUGGCCUUAUCCUGCAUCUGGCAUGCUGCAUGCCCUCUGCGGGGAUAAAGAGGGGGGGAAAAAAAUCUUUCUGCCCAGCGGCUGGAACUGACUGUCCUGGGAAAUAGGAAUCCCCCAUCCCUGCUCACAUUUGUCUGGACACAAAGAGAUUAAGUUACCUCUCUGGCGCACAGGCCCACUGGUGUGAGGAGUAGCAGAAACUUGUAUCGCUUUCUGUUUCUAAUCAUAUAUUUCAGUUAAAAGUGUAGUACAACUAACACUCUUUUAUGUAAGAAAAAAUGUUUAUACUUGCAUAGGAAGAAAAACAUCUGCUGAUAUUUUCAAAGGGCAACUUUAAUAUUAAAAAUGAAUAUAUUUAUUUUUAAUGUUCAAGUGUUGCUUACACUGCACACUUCCCUCCUCUCCCCCUUUUUUCAAACAAACAAAGCUUCCACGAGGAAGUGCCUCUGUUGGCUGUCUGAUUAAAAGUGCUUACAUGUGUCUGACUGCAGGGACAGGGUAUUUGUACCAAAACCACUACGAUUAAAAUGUUCUGUUUUUGUAUCCUAGUAUCAUUUUAAUAUUGCUCCAUGUAUGCACCCUUAAUUGAACCUCUUUGAAAGGUGGCCCAUAGCCUCAAAUGCCCAAUAUUGAAAGUCAGUGUUUAAAAAUGGCAAAUAAUUACACUUUACAUCUUCUGGGAGACUGAUUUGUACACAGCAAACAUAAUUCUAAUACACUCCACUCAGUAUUGCCUUACUAGAGUUACCUUGGUAUAUUGUAAAACUAUUGGGAAAUGGGGUGGUAAAUGCUAUUUUUGUUUGUUUGUUGUAGCGUGUUUUUGCGUGUUAUUGGAAAAACUGCUAAUUGAAUGACUUUUUUUUUUGCUUUAGUGGUGUCUUUAAAAAAAAAAAUUAAGUCGAAUGAUUGUUUGUAAAAUACGAUACAUAGUAAAAAUAUGUGGAGAAACUUUUAGUACAUAUUUCAUUAAUAAAACAAUAUAUGCAUAUGAGAAAUCUGGAGAUGUUCUAAGAAGUUAUUGAUUGGUUUCACAUGAUGAGUCUCAUACGUGAAAUGUAAAGCUAGAUGCUAGUACAAACUGGAUAAUAAAUACACAAAAAUAUGACUAAGCCACCUAUGACUCAGCUUAAAAGGACUCUUUAGUCACCCAGACCACUUCAGCUCAGUGAAGUGGUCUGGGUUCCAGGUCCCUCAGGUUUUAACCCAUCACAUGUAAACAUAGUAGUUUCAGAGAAACUGCUAUGUUUACAUAGCGGGGUUAAUCCAACCUCUAAUGGCUGUCUUCCUGAGAGGCGCUUCUGCGGCGCAGGAUGUGAAAUUUGUAUCCCAGCGCUGAGGAAGCCCGGCGCGGAAUUAAGGUAAGCUGCUGAAGGGGUUUUAUCCAUGGGAGGGGCCCCCUGAGGGUGAGGGUCCCCCAAGGAUGACAUAGUGUCAGGAAAAUGGGUUUGUUUUCCUGACACUAUAGUGAUCCUUUAAGUUUAUGUAACCAACAUAGUCAGUAACUUACUCACAGACACUACCCGCCACACUUCGUUCUGCCUAUUUAAAGCAGUUCUGAAAUGUGACAUAUCUCCUGUCUGUGGGAGAGGGGUAAAUUGUCUAUACUGACUUCAUACCUCCAUCUUCUGGUUCAGCCCUUCAGCUACUGUUGGCUUCACCUACUUGGUUGGAGUCAUGUCACUAAUGUAUUCUCAAAGUGUGCAAGGGCUGUAGAAUAUUGCAGAUCCUGCAUAGAUGUUAUAGUACAUUCUCAAUGAUCUAGGAAGGCAGAAGUUGCUUAAAACUUGGCUUUUACCACAUUUUGCCAAAAAUCAGCUAUUGUUUGUGAAACAAAGUAGGUCCUGCAUUGACAAGACACCUAGAGAUAUAUAUCCUCCUACCUCAUAGAGUGUAAGUUCAAUUGAGCAAAGCCUCCAAAGAUCCCCUUUCUAUAAUUGUUUUUUUUUGUUUGUGUGAAUUAUACAACUCUGCACUGUUGCCAAUUCUAAUAUUACUUACAAAUCAAUGUUCCAUUGAGUCACACUACAAUCCAUAUCUCUAUAGACUGUCUUCCACAAUGUUUUUUAUGGCUAUGUUAUGGGCCCCUGUUAAAACGUCUUUUAAUUAUUGAAAUAAUAUGCACAUAUCACUUUUUUUUUUUUUUUUUUUGGUGUGAAUUCCAAUAGUUUGAUGCUGCACUAAACUUUGGUUAGAAAUUUUAAGGGUCAGUAUCGGAACAGUAACGCGCAAAACACUGUAAGUCAAGAACCCUUCCGUUGCUGUAACCAGCGGCCAUUGUCAUGUUGCAAUUCAGCCCUGAGCAGUCUGACCUUCUGUUCAAUGCUGUUUGAAAGCAUCAGCUUAUAUUAAUAGUGGUGAAACAGAUUAUAAUUGCAGCCAAAUUGUCAUAAAGUUAACAAUGUAAAUGCUUUUAAAUCAUGUCCUAUAUGAUGACCUUUUUUUUUUUUUUUGUAUUUUAUGCUAGACAAAUUUCUUGCCAGUAUAUAAAGUUUUCUUUUAUUUUUUUCCCUUUGCUUUUGUGGCAUAUUUGGAAUUGGAAUCCCUGUGCAUCCUCACACACACACGUUUUAAAAAUAAAAUAGCUAAAACUCAUCUACUCAUCUACCAACACAGUGUCCAAGUUCUCCCCUCAACCCAAUUCUCCUUUACCAACGUAAUUUCCCCUUGCCGGAAUGAGAUGAAGAUGAGAGAGGACGAACGGUAGGGCUGUGCCGCCAUUGGUUGUCUGUCACCAGCAUGUUGGUGUCAUAUGCCAAUUUGCACAGAAUUGAUAUUAGCCAGCCCUAACUUUGUUCUGGGCUAGUUAAUGACAUUGCCAGAGGUGCACUUGCACCUCCAGCAGUUGUGGGAUUCAACUCUGUAUGUGCAGCAUUUCAAACGCUUGAAAUAAUUAAGUGGUCAUGGUGCUCUGAGUAAUCCUUUAAGCCCUGCCUUAGCUAUAAUUUGAUCUCAGUGUUGAACACCAACAUUUAAGAUAUUUUUCCCAUCCAUUUAAUCUACAGAUAGCAUCUUUGAUUAAUCUGGACCAAUUCGGCUUUGUCUCUGAAAGGAAAGAUGGGGAUAACACAAUAUAUCAAUUUAAUAUUAUCCAUAGGGCUUAAUGCCUUGAACUUUACUUAUUGAUACCAAAUAAAAGAGUUCAGUAGGGCAUAUUAGUCUUUCAUAUCAUGCCUACAUUGUUGGUUGGUUUGGGCCAACAUGUUUUGCUGUUUGGAGCAAUUUUGGGUGGCUUGCUAAUAUCAGUUCACACAAACUGAAUUCUAAACACAUUUAUUGUAUUUUAAAGACAUGUUAAUGUAAGUAUUAUUGCUGUGGAGCUCUGUUAUACACUCAGGCAUACCAACAAUAUUGGGAAAGAAAAAAGGGACAGGUGAAUUUUGUGCCAAAAAUAGAGACUGCCUCUCCCAAAUAAGGGCAUUUGGAAGCUAUGCAACUGCAGCUGUGCUAUAUGACAUUCUAUAUUCCCUUUACUAUUCAUCAUUGGUAAAGAAUCCUUCUUCAGUGUCACUCAUUCCAGCUCAUCAAUAAAGGUGUACAUCCAGAGAAAUUAGAAUCAUACCCUACACCAAUGACAUUCCCAUAUAACACUCUGAAAAAUAUUCAACAUAUUGAUAUUUUUCUCACAGUCUCAAAAUGUAUUCAGAAUGUGAGAUCUUACUCCUAACCAUAUCCUGUAGCUGCACUUCACAACUCAACAUGAUUUCAGAUGGUGCAAAGAUAACUUUUCUUUCCUCGACAUUCAAUGUCUGUCGGAUAUCACAUCAAUAUACAAGUUUAACUACCAGCCCCCUUUAGCCCUGAUUUUUGUAGUUGACGUGUGGACCUUGUUACUGAACCUCUAGAAGUCAGACAUGUUUCCAUAUCCCAUUCUUAUACAUGGUGGACCUAGACAAUCCCUCUUUAUGGAAAAAAUGUCAGUAUCACGAGCUGGCUUGUUGGAUUCUUCCCACGGUUCUCCUUGUCUUUAAUCACCCUGACAAUAUCUUUCAAGCACUGAGUUACCUUCCGGCCCACUGCAGUAGUACCUGUUUAUGUAAAUUCCUUCUUCUCUAAAGCUUAAAGGAACACUAUAGUGUCAGGAAUAGAAACGUGUAUUCCUGAUACUAAGGUUAUAAGACCACUGUUUAGGCCCCCCAGACCCUGUCUCCUGCCUUUAAUAGGUGAGAUUAAGUACCUUAUUUUCAGCGCCCCCUUGGCCUCCUCGUGGCUGGCUCCGCUGCACCUCCUUGGCUAUCAUCAGAUUUGAUGAUCUCAACUAAUCCAGUGCUCUUCCAUAGGAAACUAUAGGGAGGCUAUUGUGCAUGCAUGGCAAAAGGCAGCACUGCGCCAUUCACCAUCUCCUCAUAGAGAUGCAUUGAAUCAAUGCAUCUCUGUGAAGAACGCUCUGCAUGGAGAUGCUGAACGUUCAUCACUGACCCAGGAAGCACCUCUUGUGGCCGUCUAAGUGACUGCUACUAGAGGUGUCCCUGGGCAGCAAUGUAAACACUGUAUUUUCUCUGAAAAAGCAUUGUUUAUAUUAAAAUGCCUGUAAGGACAUAUACUAUAUACUAUACACACCAUAAUAACUACAUUAAGCUGUAGUUGUUCUGGUGGCUAUAGUGUCCCUUUAAGUUCCUUAGUCUUCUUGAUGACAAUUCAAUACUGGGAGAAUAACCUUUCUUCUUGCCAAUAAAUCAUAUAUAAAAAGAAUGUACAAUAUUCUGUUAUACUAGAGUCUACUCAGAUUCUUCAGACUACUUGGUUGUCAGUUUUUCAUGCUGCAGAUGUGGUCAUUUCAUAAAUAGUCUUGUUGAUACAUGCUCAAGUUAUGAAUUGAUCAAACCCUUCUGGUCCACACUAAAAUAUCUGCCCAUAAUCCCAUCACUUACACACAAAGCCCUAUUACUGCACUUUGUACUUUUUUCUGUUGUGACAUUCUGCUACAUGUCACUACACAUCUGAUGAAUGCAGCUCACAGCUGAUAGUUUCCUACUGGGUCUUAGAACUGUUCCAGUGAGCAUACACUGAGUGGAGGAGAUCUUUAUUAAUGAAGAAUUGGUCCCUAUUUUGUCUAACAGACAUGACUGCUACAUUAUUUCAGGUUAUCUGAAUGUAUUCAAACUUAGAGCAAAACCUUUUUUUUUACCCCUUUAAGCCCUGAACACUGGGUUGACUCAUCUGCCUUUUGCCCAACCAAUCAGCAAAAACUGGCCUUUUCUAUAUAACCACUCAUAUUAUUGCAUUCUCUACCACACCCUCACUAUAUAAUGGCUGUAUUGUCUUUCAUCCCUCUUUGUACCUAAGCCUUUACCCUUCUUGUUCUUACUUUGUUUAUGGUUUUGAUUGCUUUGUCAUUAAAAUAGUUGUCAUGAUUUUGUUGAUAUAUAAAUAUGCAUUUCCCCUGCUUAAUUUCUGUCUGCAACUGUUAUUCAUUAAAAAAAAAAGUUUAUAUAAAACAGACUAAAUUCUUAAUUGUAGCAACUAAUAAAUGUUUGUUUUGUUUUUGCAUUUAGGAGAACGGCCUUAUCAAUGCAUCAUGUGUCCUUACUCAAGUUCACAAAAAACCCACCUGACAAGACAUAUGAGGACACAUUCAGGUUGGUCGCAAACAAAGUCAUUCUGUACUAUUGUACAAAUCAAAAAUCAAUGUGGAGAGUUUAAAAUAAAUCUGAUUUAAAGAAAACAGCACUAAACAAGUCCAAUCAAAAUCAUUGAUCAACUUUUUAAAUUACUUUCUGAUGCGAUCAGUUACAGUACAGAGCAGGGGUGCCCAAAAGGCUGAUCCCAAGAUAUCGUAGAACUACAACUCCCAUUAUGCUUUGCAAGCCUUUUGGGUGCUUUUAAAAUGACAAGGCAUCAUGGAAGGUGCAGUUCUAAAACAUCUGGGGAUCUACCUUUUGGCACACCUGGUAUACAGUAUGAAAUACUUAUAAGAUGUUUGUAUUAAAUUCAUGAUGUAAUGUGACCUAAUUGUUAAACAAGAUAAACAAUUGCUAGGGCAUAGGAAAUACUAGCUGAUAUUUAGUUGCAUGGAUAGGUGAGUAGUUACUUUUUAAUUGUAUGGACAUGGAUUUUUUAAAUCCUUUUCCAUACACAAUAAUGCAGAGUGAGAGGAAGAGGUGAAAAAUAGUGCUUCUAUAAUUACAUUUGUUAAUUCUAUCCAAUAUAGCAAUAUGUAGCUUUAUAUAAAUUCUAUCAGAAUGUUUUUCCUUACAUUUAUGGACGAUUCAUUUAAGGAUCUUAAACAUUACAUUACACAAAAUAAGCAUGACAAAUUGAAAAUGUAUUUCCCUUAAUUGAUGGUAUUGCCUUUUUAACAUUACGUUUAAAAUGCAAAAAUGUUGUUUUGUGUGUUUGUUUUUUUUUCUCUGAAACAAAAGCAUUAACAAAAAUUUUGUUUUACUUGCAAUGCCUUCAAUGGAGCAGACGGGUAUGAAUUCUAUAAUGUUCUAUAAAUUAUAGCAUGUGUGUAUCUUAUUUUGUAUUUGCAUUUUCCCUUUCCUUUUAUAUAUAUUUUUAUUUUUUAAAUUUCUAGUAACGUGGUAAAUGUUUUCUGUUUUUGUGUGUUUUUAUUUUAACCUGAAUUAUGUUUCUGCUAGCUCUUACCAUCGUUUCUUUUGGUGUUAUCUCUUUAUACAGGUGAGAAGCCUUUCAAGUGUGAACAGUGCAGUUAUGUUGCAUCAAAUCAGCAUGAAGUAACACGCCAUGCAAGACAGGUCCACAACGGGCCAAAACCUUUAACGUGUCCACACUGCAAGUACAAGACUGCUGAUCGAAGCAACUUCAAAAAGCACGUAGAAUUACACGUCAACCCACGGCAGUUUUUGUGCCCUGUGUGUGAUUACGCAGCAUCCAAGAAAUGUAACCUUCAGUAUCACAUCAAAUCCAGACACUCUGGAUGUUCUGAUAUUACAAUGGAUGUGUCCAAAGUGAAACUGAGAACAAAAAAAGGGGAAGUAGCCGUACUCGACACUACGGCAAUAGACGUGCAGGAUGACAAUGAAUAUGCAAAAGAAAAUGACUCUGAAGUAAAGAAACCUGAAAAGAGCGUGAAAGUAGAAAAAAAAGAUAGUGUGAAACCUAAGAAGCAGAUUCCUGAUCCUGUGAUUACGCAGGUCACUAGAAGUAGCCGCAGGUCCGUUUCACAGCCUAAGCCUGAUGGCAAUGAAGUUAGCACUGAAAUACCUUCAAAGGUUAAAUGUGGCAAAAGGAAGGCAACCGUUGCGCCUGAAAAUCAGUCUAAGACCAGUGAUGCAGAAACUAUCAAUAUAAAGAAAAGGAAACUGGUACAAAAAAACAAGGGCUCACAAGUAGCAGUAGUUACAAAGACAUUAAAAAGUAAAAAAACACAUAAAAUGAAACGACGCAUGAAAAAAAUUAAGGAAAACAAACUUUCCAUCAAGAAUGAAAAAAAGAAAGCUAUCGAACAAGGCAAGAGAAAGAAACUGAAGAUGAAAUCUAAAAAAACAGUUUCAGAUAAAAAUGUGGAAAAAGAAAACUCUCCAAAAAAGAAAACCCAGGUCAAUGAUACUGGCUCUACUUUGACAACGUGUACUGGAGAAACAUCUGUCCAGGAGUGUGCAGAAAGGGAGGAGGAUGUUUCAAUUCCAACUGCAGAUCCUCAGGAUAAUAAAGAAGUACACACGGAAUGUAAAAUAAAUGAUAGUGUAAUAGUUCAUGUACCCACUUGCAACAGCAAUGUUGCUUUGCAUUUGCCCACUCAAGAUCUAAAUGUGUCAAAUGAGUUACCAAUUGAGAAUGAUAAAAAUGCUGCUAGCCUAGAUGUUGUGACACCUAGCAGCAUUGCAGUUGAAGCAGAGUCCAACUUCCAGACACCAAGUGACCAGGACUCUGAAAGUGUGCAAGUGAAUGAGUUCUCCAAGAGUUUUAAUUCCCAAGUCACACCACUUGUUGAAGUUUCAGAUUCUAAUGAAGCACCCACUACGAACUGUCCUUCUGAUACCUCAGAAAAUGCUUGCAGUGUGGAAAAAAGUGAGGAACCACAAGAACAAAAUAAAUUGGAAAAGGAUGACAAGCUAGAAAUAGGCAAGGAAAAUGAAGGACAGGAUGUGUCCGACAAGUCUUGCAGUUUAGAUGCAAAGGAGUUGCUCGAAGUCCAACAGAGGCCAGAAGAGGUUUGCAGUUUUGUUCAAGAAGAUAAGAAUCUGGAAGGGGAGGACAAAUCAGAACAUACUUCCAAUGUACACAUAAAUGAGGUCCUAGGACAGGAGAUAUCAGAACAAACUUCUGAUUUUCAAAGAAGUAAUGAUUCAUCACAAGAAAUAUCAGAAAACCCUUGCAAUGUAGAAAUAUGUAUGGAACCCAUCGAGCUGGACAAACCAAAAAUAAAUGCGGAAUCGCUAAAACCAGAAGAAUCCAUUGGAACCCAGAAUUUGCUAGUAGAAUGUUGUACUAAGAGUGUGAAUGACUGUGAACCAAAAGAGAUUAAGGUCUCUCCGUGCGAUGUUUCCAGCAAUGAAUCGCUUGAUACUGAGGAAGAUGAAGGAAUACAUAGUCAUGAUGGCAGUGAUAUAAGUGACAAUGUAUCAGAAAGAAGUGAUGACUCUGGAUUAAAUGGCGUGCCAUCUGUGCAAGAACAGCCAGAACCCAAGUCUAGUGUAGAACCGAGUGCUUCCAAAAGUAAUGUUGCAAGUGAAAACUUUGUUUGUAUCUUCUGUGAUCGUGCUUUCAGGAAAGAAGAAGAAUAUACAAAGCAUCUAAAACGCCAUUUGGUUAAUGUAUAUUAUCUUGAGAAAGCCGCACAAGGUCAAGUGUAA